AUGGAUUUCAAUGAUGGCUAUGUAUCGAAAGAGCACCUUGAGCUUCAUCGAUCUGCUGCCGAAAGUGUUGAUCCGGUAUCAGUUUCUCCUUUGCAACUUUCUUCUCCAAAGUCACCGAAAUCUCCAAGGUCUCCAAAGGCGCAAGUUAAGGGCAACAAUUUAAGUCCAAAAAAUAAUAAGCAAUCACAUUCGUCGAAAGAUGGACGUCCAAAGAAAGGUGGCUCUGGAGGUAAAGGAACCUGGGGUGGAUUGCUUGAUACAGAUGACGGAAACUCUGUUGACCCCAAUGACCCAAACUAUGACAGCACUGAGGAGUUAGAUGAUUCAACCGAAAAGAAAAAGAACAUAGCAUUGGAAGAGUACAAGAAAAAAGCUACUAUAAUAGUGGAAGAAUACUUUGCAACUGAUGAUGUUGUUGCAACAAUGACUGAACUUAGAGAAGUUGGAAAACCAGAAUACAGCUACUAUUUUGUCAAAAAGCUCGUCUCAAUGUCGAUGGAUAGACAUGACAAAGAAAAAGAAAUGGCUGCAAUUCUCUUAUCUGCACUUUAUGCCGAUGUAAUUCACCCGUCACAAGUUUACAAAGGAUUCACCAAACUAGUCGAAUCGGCUGAUGAUUUGAUCGUAGAUAUACCGGACACGGUCGAUAUUCUUGCGCUUUUCAUAGCUAGAGCUGUGGUUGACGACAUUCUUCCACCAGCAUUUUUGAAGAAACAGAUAGCAAACUUACCAGAUGAUUCUAAAGGAGCUGAGGUCUUAAAGAAAGCUGAGAAAAGCUAUUUGACAGCACCUUUACACGCCGAAAUCAUCGAGCGGCGUUGGGGAGGUAGUAAGAAUACAACGGUUGAUGAUGUGAAGGCAAGGAUAAACAAUUUCUUGAAAGAAUAUGUAGUAAGUGGUGACAAGAAAGAAGCUUUUAGAUGCAUUAAGGACUUAAAAGUUCCUUUCUUCCAUCAUGAAAUAGUGAAAAGAGCUCUUAUAAUGGCGAUGGAAAGGCGACAAGCAGAAACGCCGUUACUAGACUUAUUGAAAGAAGCAGCUGAAGAAGGUUUCAUCAACACAAGCCAAAUGUCAAAAGGGUUCAGCAGGUUGAUUGAAACAGUCGACGAUUUAUCGCUUGACAUACCGAACGCGCGCGGAAUACUUCAACAACUAAUGUCGAAAGCCGCGUCCGAAGGUUGGUUAUGUGUUUCAUCACUAAAAUCACUUACAAUUGAGCCUGAAAAGAACACAAUACAGGAAAACGUUGCACGGAGUUUCAAGAUGAAAACACAAUCCAUCAUUCAAGAGUACUUUUUAUCAGGCGAUAUAUUUGAAGUGAAUAGUUGUUUAGAACAAGAGAACAACAAAAACUGUGGUGAACUAAAUGCAAUCUUUGUUAAGAAGCUAAUAACUUUAGCAAUGGAUAGAAAGAAUCGAGAAAAAGAAAUGGCUUCUGUGUUACUUUCAUCGCUUUGUUUUCCACCCGAUGACGUUGUGAAUGGUUUUGUGAUGCUAAUUGAAUCAGCACAUGAUACUGCAUUAGACAAUCCUGUGGUUGUUGAAGAUCUUGCAAUGUUUCUAGCAAGAUCAGUAGUCGAUGAAGUUUUAGCGCCGCAACAACUUGAAGAUAUAGGAACACAAUGUUUAAGUCAAGAUUCAAUUGGAAACAAAGUGCUUUUAAUGGCUAAGUCAUUGCUAAAAGCAAGAUUAGCCGGUGAAAGAAUCUUGAGAUGUUGGGGAGGGGGUGGAAGUAGCAAACCAGGAUGGGAAAUCGAAGAUGUUAAAGAUAUGAUCGGAAAAUUGUUGGAAGAAUAUGAAUCUGGUGGUGAUAUAAGAGAAGCUUGUAGAUGCAUGAAAGAGUUAGGAAUGCCAUUUUUUCAUCAUGAAGUUGUUAAGAAAAGUUUGGUGAAAAUUAUUGAAAAGAAAAAUGAGAGAUUAUGGGGUUUACUUAAAGAAUGUUUUGAUUCUGGAUUAAUAACUAUGAAUCAAAUGGUUAAAGGUUUUGGAAGACUUGAAGAAACUCUUGAUGAUUUAGCUUUGGAUGUUCCUGAUGCUAAGAAUCAAUUUGGAUUUUAUGUUGAAAAGGCAAAGAAUGAAGGAUGGUUGGAUAGUUCAUAUUGUUUCAACAAUGCUAUAGAGAAUGGCACAUGCUAA